AUGGCACCAAUGGGAAAGCGGCGGCGUGACAGCAGCGAUAAUGACGAGGAGGAGGAGAUUGUGAUCGAGAGCGCCAGCUCGUCGUUCCGCCAGAACAAUCCACACAAACGAACGAGAGUCGCACUCGCACGAGCUUCCACCGUUGGAUCGGUGGUGUCUGAAGACUUCGAGGAGCCAGAUCAUGAACACUUCGACGACCUACUGGAGGACCCGGAGGAAGACGGCCGCGUAGACGCGAACACGGAUCAUUCUCUCUUCAACCAGUACAGCGAUCUCGAGCAGCCGGAGGACGAUGUCGAUGAGUUCGCAGCGACGCAGAUCGUAAAGCGGCAGUACAAUGAACACAAGGAGAACAGGGCGGAAGAGAGCGGUAUCAUACACGAAAUCUCCUGUCGCAACUUCAUGUGCCACACCAAGCUCACUAUCACUCUGGGCCCGUUGAUCAACUUCAUCAUCGGCCACAAUGGCAGCGGAAAAAGUGCUAUCCUCACCGCGCUGACCAUGUGCCUUGGUGGAAAGACAAAGGCCACAAAUCGAGGCACAAGUCUCAAGGGCUUGAUCAAAGAGGGCACAGAGUUGGCAACCCUGUGUGUUACAAUCAGGAACGAGGGUGAGAAUGCGUACAAAAAGGAGUUGUAUGGGAAGUUUGUCAAAGUGGAACGUCAUUUCUCAAGAUCUGGGACCAGUGGCUUCAAGAUCAAGAACGAACACGACAAGAUAAUCACUACCAAAAAGGCUGAUCUGGAUGAUAUACUCGACUACUUCUGCCUGCAGCUAGACAAUCCAAUCGCUGUACUCAGCCAGGACAACGCUCGAGCCUUUCUCUCCAACAGCACUGCAGCCGACAAGUACAAAUUCUUCCUCAAAGGAUCUGGCCUGGAGACCCUCAAUGCCGACUAUGCGCUCUUCGAGGAGCAGCUCGACAAAAUGGCAACCCAGCUCAAUACGCGUACGGGUGACAUUGACAAUCUGAAGAGAGUUGCAGAUCAGGCAGAAGAGCGCAAAAAGCGAGGCCAACAGGUCCAAACGCUGAUCUCGAAGCGCCGCAAGAACGAGCGAGAGAUGGCGUGGUGCCAGAUUGAAAUGGCGGAGCAAGAACUCGCCACUCGUGAGGAAAGAGUGGCUGAGGGCGUGGAAGCCGUGACAAAAGCCGAAGACGAUGCCCAGAUUGCCACGAGCGCUUUUGAGAACCACGAGGCAGCACGCGAUGCUGCGUUAAGAGCCAAAGAGGAGAUUCAAAAUCGACUCGGUCCAGUAACAGACAAGCUUGACCUCGAGAGGGAAAAGUUCGAGAAGAACAAGAAGGAGUUGAUCGAGAUGAAGACAGAACAACGCCAGAUCAAAGAGUCGUUGAAGAAGGCUAAAGAGGACAAAGUGCGCCUAGCUAAGGAUAUCGAUGAAGAGAAUGCGCGAAUGGCAGCGGCGGAUGGCGAUGCACACACCCGCAGAGUGCAGGAACUCGAGGAGCUCAAAGCGGCCUUUGAGGCCGCGAAAGCCAAGCUGGAAGAACACAAUUCGACCUACGAGGAAACCAGAGCCGCUGUCGCUGCUGCCGAGCAGAAGUUGAAAGCCACGUUCAAGGACAAGCAGAACGCGGAUCAGGAGGUUAGCAAAGUGCAAAAGCGGCUCGACGACAUGAAUCGUGAUGAGGACAAUGUCUACGGCUCGUAUCCUCGCGGAUUUGACCAACUCGUUCGCGAGAUCAAUCGCGAGACACGUUGGAGGCAGAAACCCGUGGGUCCCAUGGGCAUUCAUGUUCGAAACACGAAGCCAGAAUGGAGCUCCGUGAUUGAGCGCACCUUUGGUGGUGUUCUCAACGCUUUCUGUGUCACUUGCAAGGACGAUCAGAACUUUUUGAACAACAUUGCGAAACGGCUGAAUUUGUACGGUGUAGUAUCAUACAUCGGAGAUCCAGCCCGGCUCGAUACCUCUGGCAAGGAGCCGGCAGAAGACGUAGACACCAUUAUGCGUGUUCUACGGAUUGACAAUGACCAAGUGCGGAACACCCUCAUCAUCAAUCAGAGCAUUGAUCAAACAGUCCUCAUCAAGAAUAGCGGACAAGCUCAACAGUGGAUUAACGGCGGCCAUCCACGAUAUACCAAGGCUGUCAUCGCCAUGGCUUCGCAACGCAAUGCCGGGACGCGAUACGACUGGUCGCGGUCGGGUGCGCCCAAAUCGAGCGCAAUCAAGGCUUGGGAAGGUAGUUUCCGAAUGAAGACCGAUCGUGAAGAACAGCUACGACUUGCUCGGGAAGCUCUCGACGAAGCAAAGCGUGCGGCAGAAACCGCCAACCAGAGACAUCGUUCCGCGCAGCAAGAACUGAAAGUUGCACAGCAAGCCGCCACAAAGCAUAAAAGAGACGCAACGUCAUUGCGAGUGGAGAUGCAGCAAUCUGAUACUGCAGUCGACGACAAAACAGCAGAAAUCGACCUCAAUCGACCUCAAGACGGCAAGCUCCAGCAGCUCCAGCGAGAGCUGGAGGAGACGAAUCAGGAGCACGACGCGAUUCACGGUACAUACACAGACUCUGUCGAGCAGGUAGACAAGCUUGACGGCAACGCUCGGGAGCUCAAAGGCAACUUGGACGCUGCUCAAGCCGAAGUUGAACACAUCAACACUCUCAUCGAACAAGCAGAUGCCAAGUUGAAGCGUCGGGAGGUUCAACGAGAGCAGUCAUUGCUCCGAAAGAAUGAACUACUCGACGAUGUCGACCACAUCAGGGGACGUCUUGCAGUGUUGGAGCAAAAGCGCGACGACCAAAAAGUCAUACUCGAGGACUGGACCGGGGCAGCAUUGACGAUCUCUGAACGCGUUGAAACAGAGCCUGGCAUAACAGCCGAUAUGUAUGACGCUCGCAUUAACAAGCUGAACCAUGAAAUUGCGACCAUGACAGCUCGUGCUGGUGGCACUGAAGAAGAACUUACUCGAGACUGGGAGAAAAAAUACCUCGAGUACUCGAACGCCAAGACCCAGAUGGACGAGCUGAACGGCGUCCGCAAGGCACUCAAAGAGACUCUCAAAGAGCGCCACCGCCGUUGGGGUCUGUUCCGCAAGUACAUCUCCCUGCGCGCCCGACUCAACUUCCAAUACCUCCUCUCCGAGCGCAACUUCCGCGGACGCAUGCUCCUCAACCACUCCGACAAACAACUCGACAUCUCCGUCGAGCCCGACAGCACCCGUGCCAGCGAUUCCGGACGCCAAGCCAAGACUUUGUCUGGUGGCGAGAAGUCAUUCUCGACUAUAUGUCUCCUGUUAUCGAUAUGGGAAGCCAUGGGUUCACCGAUCCGCUGCUUGGACGAGUUCGAUGUCUUCAUGGACAGCGUCAACCGCGCACAAUCUAUGGAGCUGAUGAUCGGGGCAGCAAGACGGGCAGUAGGGAGGCAAUUCAUUCUCAUUACGCCGCAGAGCAUGAAUAACGUGAAGUAUGGGACUGAUGUGAAGGUCAUCAAGAUGGGUGAUCCGGAAAGGGGACAGCGAGUAUUGGCUGUCAACGGCCAGGAGCUUUGA